AUGCCAAGCACUAUUAGUACUAUUUGCUAUAUCACUGACCAUCAAGAAAAUGCCAUUAAUAAUGAUCUUUCAAUUGUAAAAGCAGCCGGAAUUACAUGUCUCAGAACUAAUGAUGUUAAUUUAAAUGUUCUCUUAAUUGCCUUUUAUUCCAACAAUCAACAAAAUAUGGUGUCUUUUUCAACAGAAGAUGUAUUAUUGGUAACUGGAAAAUUUCACUUCAUUGAAGAACAAGAUGAUGAUGGAAAUUCAUACCCUAUUUUAAAGAUUACUCUAACUGAUGCUGUUCCUCUUAAUAUUGAUCCAGUCAAUUUACCAAAAUUUCCUCUCUUGAUUAAUAUGACAGCAGUUGCUCUUGAAAAUGCUGAAAUUAACCAAACUGAUAUUGUUAUUCUUAUUGAAACGAAAGACUAUAUGGAUCAAGAUAAUGUGGUUCAAACUUUCAGAUCUUAUCAUUUAACAAAUGCACAACAUUUGACACGUAUAUCUACAACUGUAAAGAGAGGAUCUGUAAUGUUUAUUUCUGGUGAACUUAUUAUGGUUGAUGAAACUUUUAUCAUUCAUCUUCGAACCUCUACAGAUAAGUCUAAUACAGUUGAGAAAGCUGAAUCAUACUCAAAAUCAAAAAAUCGACCAAAAGUUACUGAUCUCGCCAAAAAUACUCUAAAUCAAGAAACAUCUAACGCAUCAACAUUUCAAGGCUAUUAA